GGACGCGGUACCGGGCAGGGCAGGGCGGCGCGUCCCCGGCGGCGGCGGCCGCGCUUGACAGAGCGGGCGGCGGCUGCGGCCCCAUGGAGCCCAGCUAGGGGCUGCCGCACCCUCCACCGGAGGUCUUUAAUGAAUCAGGUGCCUGGUUCACGUUACUAUCUCUGUCUAGUUCUGUGGCAGGGUAGAGACUAGAGUUUUGGAUGGUUUCGCUUUGCCAUUGCACGGCCGUGCUCCUUUCUGAUCCUGCACACAACAGUUGUGGGAGGAAAAAUGGACAAGCGUUGAAGGGGAAUGAAGUACCCUUCAUGAAUGGCCAAAUUAUGUCAGUGCUGAUGCUGCUGGCAGCGUGGAGCCGUCGCGGGUCCCACUGACAGCGAUGUAGAGGUGGUGGUGCUGGCAGAGACCAAGAAGCCCUGCGACAUGGAGGAGCUGUACAAGGAUGCCCCCAACCUGCCUAUGGAUGUCACCAACUCACCCUCGGCGAUGGCCAACAACAAGCUGGAAAACGGGGUGGCUCAGCUGAUCACAGCAGAGGCUUGGAACAUCAACUCGGCCGACCUGAUGAAGAAAGCCCUUUCGCCGCUGGUGACGGUCCCUGCGCCCUCCAUCCUGACGCCACCGGCCGAGUCGCAGAGCGGGGUGGCGCUGAAGGUGGCGGCCACCGUGCUGCAGCCCAUCUGCCUGGGGGACAGCCCCGUGGUCCUGCCCAUCCACCUGCAGGUGGCCGGCAGCGCAGCCCCACAGAUGCCGGCCGCUAAUGCUGCCACCCCGUACGUGAUGACCACGCAGGGCCCCGUCCCGCUGCCCGUGCUCCUGGAGCAGCACGUCUUCCAGCACCUGAACUCGCCCCUGGUGCUGCCGCCGGGCGCCGCCUGCCCCGCCAGCCCCCUGCACGCCGGCCUGUUCCCCGGCAGCGCCACGCCCGUGGGGCAGCCGCAGCUGCUGGACCCCAAGCCCGCCGGCCCGGCGCAGGAGCCCGUCCUGCCCCCGGUCUUCCAGACGCCGGGAUUCGCCGCCGUCCUUCAGGACCUGUUUCCCUCGCAGGGCGCGCUGGGCUCAGCGCCCUGUCAGCCGCCGCCCGACUACGCCGCGCUCCCGCCGCAGGCCUUCGGCUCGCCCCUGUCCCCGCUGGUGCCGCCGGCGACGCUGCUGGUGCCCUACCCCGUCAUCGUGCCCCUGCCCGUCCCCAUCCCCAUCCCCAUCCCCGUCCCCAUCCCUGUGCCCCACGGCGCCGAGGCCAAGGCGGCCGCUGACCCGCCCAAGCCGCCGCUCUUCACCCCCCACUCCUGCAAGGGCACCCAGACGCCCCUGGAGAAGGAGGAGACGAAGCCCUUCGAACUUCUCCACCCACGGGAGUUUCCGCAGCUGAGCCGCCACACUGUCAUCAAGAUGGGCGGCGAGAACGAGGCGCUGGACCUGUCCAUGAAGGGGCCGCCCGCGCUCCGGGCCGGCGAGGCGCUGCCGCCGCCCGAGGACGGGGCGCUGGACCUGUCCCUCGCCUCCUGCCGCAAGCCGGGGGCGCCGCUCGGGGAGGCGGCCGGCCCCGCCGCCGCCGAGGGCGGUGCCCACCCCGCCCCGGACAAGCUGCCCGGGCCGGCCGCCCCGUUCGGGCCGUGCAAGCCCGCGGAGGCGGCGGGCAGGGCGGCCGAGCUGCUGCGGCAGCCGCAGAAGUGGCUGGUGGAGCAGGCGGGCAGGGCGGGCUGCGAGCCCAAGGCCGGCAACAACAUCGAGAUCGUCAGCACAUCGCAGACAGCCAAAGUCAUCGUCUCCGUCAAGGAUGCCGUGCCCACCAUCUUCUGCGGCAAGAUCAAGGGCUUGUCGGGGGUCUCCACCAAAAACUUUUCCUUCAAAAGGGACCUGCCCCAGGACUCGGUGCUGCAGUGCUACGAUGUGAAGAGCCCGCCCGAGCCCCGGGACAGCGCCGAGGCCCUCAGGAAACCCGUCAAAAACAGGAGCGUAAAGCUAAAGAAAAUGAACUCGCCGGAGAUACAUAUUCUUCCAAUCAAGAAGCAACGGCUGGCUGCCUUUUUUCCAAGAAAGUAAAUUAUGGGUUUUUAGAAUUUUAAGAUUAUUAUGAGAAGAAGAAAAAAAAUAAUUAAAAAAAAAAAAGAUGCACUCGGUUUUAAACUCAUUUAAAACUUUAAACUAUCUUUGUAAGUUAUUUUUGGGGGAAGAGGGAGAGGAUUGGAUGUAGAGGCCCUAUAAGCUGGGUUGGUUUGGUUUUUUCUUUCGUUUUUGGAUUUUUUUUUUGUUACCAAAUUUUGACUUUUCAUGGGAAACUGAAUAAAAAGCAACCUAUUUUUCAAGCAGAUUGCACAUUUUGCAGCUUUAAUGGAGUAAUGGAUGAGUCAGAGGGGUAAGAGCUAUUUUCACUGCCAUAAAGUGCUUUGAUGAUGUAACUCUUCAUAACAGUUGGAAUGGAAAUUUCAAAAUAAAUGUUUGUACGUGCUAA